CAUCCAUCCAUCCAUCCAUGCGCCACACAUCCAUUCAUCGAUCCAUGCAUCCAUCCACCUUGAGAAAUCACCGUAAGUGCCCAAUAGGACACGCAACAUCAAGUCACGUCCUCUACACACUCCACACAUGGAUGGGAUUAGAUGUGUGUGGGGCCGGCCAGUGUGUGAGUGAGGGCGCAUACGUACACGCACGAACAGAUGAGGUGCCGCCGGCACGUAUGUGGUCGAUCGACAAAAGAAAACAAUAAAAACCGAGAGCAGGCGGCCAUUCCAAACGUCCAUCCAUCCAUUCAUUGUGUGCUGCCCGAGUGCCGGGCCCGUCGGCCAGGCGAGCUUGACGGCGGGCCAUCUCACACCGGGUUACGCACAACAAACAGACGAACAGACAUACAUACAGACAGACAGACACAAGGGAAGGUCAAGAGCGCCGCUCAGUGAAGAGCAGCGCAAGCACUCAAGGAGAGGCUAGCGGACAGACGGACAGAGGCCAAUCGACACAUACACACAGCAGCAGCAUGACCGCACACAACAACACCAUCCCACACCACACCACAGCAUACCAUACACACCCGCCCCCGACAAGCACACCACCACCACCCGGUUUUUUCGGUCAACGAGAACAGCGCCGACGCACAUAAGUAGACAGACGGGGAGAGGACAGCGACACACCACACCCAGGCACACAACAACAGCAACAACAACAACAACAACAAAAGAACCGGCCGCACAUCGGCGGCUAGAGGUGGAACGUAAUCAACACAAACGAAAACGGAGCAUCGUCACGACACUCGGCGAAAAACUCACAGUGUACGCACCAUACGGUACGAUGGGCAAAAGGAAAGUUAGGAUGAGGAGAACAAAAGGCAAGGGGUAGGGCUGCUGAAAAAAGACACGGAGGCAUGAAAGGAAAUCGAAAAAGGCAGGCAGCCGCUGCGGCUGCUCAAAAGGGAUACAAUACACUAAUUAAUGAACUAACGUACAUCCAUACCAUUAAAAAAAAAAAACAAGAAACAGCCAUCCUCUCCCGUCUGUCUACAUAUGGCUCAGCUGGUGGUGGCGGUGGGUGGUACACACAACGAAAAAGACAGGACACUCGGGCUUCCGUCCGGCCACACACCGGCGAGCGACAUACACAACACCAUGACGGCCCCGCCCAUAUGCCGUUGGUUCGUGUACCGCCACGUGUAAGUGUGGGGGCCAGCUGUCUGUCGUGUGCGUGAGCGCGCGUGUGUGGUGUUAGUUACCAUCGGCACGACCUCUCUCGAUUCAAUAAGUGGCAGCAGACAGCCAGGCGCCAAAUGCGUCCAUCCAUCCAUCGGUGAGUGAGUGAGGGAGCAAGGCAAGAAGGACAUCCAUACAUUGGAAAAACUGACAGCCAGCCAGCCAGCCAGCCAGCCAGGCAGACAGACCAUACAUACAGCACACCCGCAAGUGAGACUGUAAAAAGAUGGCCACGAGGGGCCGCGUGUGUGUAUGCGCGAGGGGGCAAGGAAAGAAGCACGUCGAUCCCCCAACCGACCGACCGACCUCAGCACGGAAUCCACGGCAUCCAUGGCGACCAUCCAUCCAUCCAUCCAUCCAUCCACACAUGAUGCAUACGAACACCCAGCCAGUCAGGCAGGAGGCAAGGUGCCGACCAAAAAUAGCAUCAUGCAGAGCCAAGUGAGUGGGUGGGAUUCAUCGAUCGUAUCAUACAUACCCGACGCAGUGGCGCCCACACACUGAGUAUGCAGGCACCACCAACACAGCACAGCUCACCGAUUAGACAAAUAGGAAGCCAGCCAUCAAUGCACUCGACAGGCGCAGGCAGGCACGCAUGUGUUGGAAACAGGCCAUCCAUCCAUCCAUCCACGAGAAACGUCUUCUGGACUGGACACCAGCCACUUGGCGCCCCAUACGUACGUGUCGUGUAUGCCUCACUACGGAUGGGUUAUGUGGACGGAAAUAGAUACUCUAGGGACUAGUGAGUGAUCGUGAUCGUGCCUCGGCAGCACCACAAGCAGCACAAGACACUGUCCAAAGAGAAGCAUGCACAAAGAGGUAUCACGACGAAGGAUACGGCUCUUCGCUGUACGGCACACAGCGAAAAACGCUGGCUGUGUUGAGGCGUCUCCGCCAUGCUCUCUCCCAGAUCUCUCUCUCACACGUGCGCACAUACACCCACACCCACAAAACGAGCCAUAUAUUGCAUCCAUCCGCCCAGUCCACUGACAGCCGAUAUCUAUCUAUCUGUGUUUGGCCGAGAUGGGAAGGGCGAGAAAGGCUAGCGAAGAGUCAGUCAACGAGGACACAAAUACAUUUCAUGUAUAUCCAUCAGCAAAUCGCCACGGCCACACCUGCCUCACUCACUCACUCACUCACUCACCCCAUAAAUACGUAAGUUGGUGCAUCCAGGCGGACGACAAACAGCCAUUCCACACACUCGACAAAGAGACGGCCAGACAGGCAGACAGACAGACAGGCAGCUGUGUAGGGCUCGUUUCGCAGCAACAGAUAUACCGGCUGGCAGGCACCAGCCAGACCAAGGGUAAAUUGCACGACAAAAACACACACAUAAAUCAACGAGUGACAUCGACAAAGAGGCACAGCUACACACAAAGAAACCCACAACAACGAGGACACGUGCGACAGCUAUCUCUGUGCUGUGCGUGCCUUUCUCUGGUGGGUGUUGAGAAGGACGGGCGCGGUGGGUGUGUUAACUCUACAGAGGCAGUCGUGGGAGUGCUGCCUGCUGGAUCCUCUCCUCUCUCUCUCUCUCUCUCUCCGGUAAGUAUCAGUCCAUGAAUGAAGGGAGCAAGGCACUAUCGUCAGAUCUAUCUGUGUGUGCGGGGGGAGGCAGGCAGGUACAUGCAGCCAGACAGCUAGCAGUAAGGCAGCAUCCAACCAUCCAUAUCAUAUCAUAUCUGUCACCUUUCCACCACCCACCCUCCCUCCCACCUCCCUCCCUCCCUCCUACCACACUCAGCCACUCACUGGGUUAUCCGAACACUCCUGACCGUCUUGGUCCACCUGCUGAUGGUGGUGUUGGCCGCACCCACAUAGGCCGCUGCCGCGCUGCACCGCCGCACCGUCUUUACCAUGUUGUACCCCUCAGACACCAACGAGUGGCCGUCGCCACGGACGAAUGAAGUGCACUCCACUGCGGCGCCAUCCUGGGACUGGUCGGCACGAGCAUCGUUCUGGCCGGGGGUGAUGGCCUGGUCGUCCUCCUUCGGCGCGCGCGGGGCGGAGAUCAGCGAGGGAGCAGCGGCGAACGGCUCUGCAACGGCACCAGAGGCGUCACACAACUCGACGUCGACGGCCUGCAGACAGAGACCAGCAAGAGCGACACGGGCAGUGCAGUGCCAUCCAUCCAUCGCUUUGCUGUGUGAGAAGAAGUGUGCAACACACCUUUGCUUGAUCGUCCUGAGGCCCGUUGACACCCGGUAGCACCACAACCCCCACCUCGUCAGAUCCCCCAUAGCCCACCGAGUAGCCCUCCCCCGACCUCUCGGCCUCGUCGAACACGAUGGCCACGGAGGACUCCCGUUCGGCAGGCGCGUCCUCUCGGCCGUCUGCGGCGGCAUGUUGGAUCUGCUUAUGCUCAAAUGGGGCGGGGAGGGGGGAAGGAGUGGAAGCAGACACGCCGUCCAGCUCACCACGAACAGCAGCAGCGGCUCUUGAACGGCCCUCGUCAACGACCUGACAGACCAAACAAUCAAGGCAACCACAUCCAUCCAUCCAUCCAUCCAUCCAUCCGAGUGUUGUGUUAUCAUGUGGGUGAGUCGACCUCACUCGUUCCCUCACCUGUGCAGAGCCGUCGGCAACCUCGUCAACAAUGCCCUCCACCUCACCCACCAUGACCACACCGUCGUCAACGGCAUCAUUGCCGACGAUCGCCAUAGGCGUCGACUCGCCGUUGUGUUGGGAGGGGGCGGGGAGGGGGGAGGAAGCACUAACAGACACGUGGAGCGCCGCAGCGUCCGGCUGGUCAGCAUGAGCGGCCACGAUGGCACACGAAGGGCCCUCGUCAGCACGACGAUACAACUGAAGACACACAGACAGACCCAAGGACCAACACAACACACACGUGCACCCACGGGUGUGGGUCGGCCUCACUCGUUGCCUCACCUGUGCAGAACCGUCGUCAACCUCGUCAACAACACCCACUACGACAUCGACAUCCCUAAUCCCCAACCCAUCCCCACCAUCCCCACCAAACCCACCCUCGCCAGCAGCCCUGCUACCCUCCUGCACCACCCCUUGGCGGCUCGUGUCGUACUGUGUCGUCAGGCGGGGGGCGGGGGAGGGGGACACACGCACUGCCGACGACUGACGGUGCAAGGCUGACUUGUCCACACCACCCGCUGCACGCCCCUUGUCGCCCACACGUGUGCCCUUCGUUACGUUGGCGCGGGUCGGCGGCUUGGGCGGCGGGGCCUUGCGGGCAACGGGACACUUCGCGCGACCUCCGGCGAGCUUGGGGUUGUUCUGGAGCAUCUCCCGAUAUGUCCUCAGCUCCUCCUCCUCGGCCCUCUGAUGUGCCCUCGCCUUUGCGGCCGCCCUCUCCCUCUGGCGCACAGCCGCUGCGGCCAUAUGAGGAUUGACGUCAGGUCGACCACUGGGCGGCUUGCUGGCGAUGCAUGCACCGCUGCCGAGUCCUGCAGGCCGCUGAGGACGGCACUGGUGGCCACUGCGAUGGUGCUGCGCCUUGCUGCUGGUGCCGGGGGGCCCUUUGGGGGGAUAUAUGCCGCAGCCCAUGUAGCUUGCGCGCCCCGACAGUCUGUAGUCCGCCACGAGACCGUUCUUCCUCACCGCCGCCGGCGGCAUGGUGGUGGAUAUGGCGCGAAACGACGAGAAAACUUAUCAAACACUGGCAACUGUUCUGUUGCUGCCUGCUCUUGCCGGCACUCCUCUUCUCGGCUGCUUUUUUC